UUUACCGGCAAGUUAGGAAUGAUUUCUUCUCUGAACACAAGCUCUUCCUUGCAUGCUACUCAGUCUCCACAAGAUUUCUUCAUCAAUCUCCUGGCAGUCCAUGAAAGAGAUGAUGUUCUCUCCAAGCUUAUUUCUAGGUUUGUACCUGUUGCUGAAGCCACCUGGAUUGCAAGCUUUGGCCAGCCACAAGCCCAAUAUGGUCAUCUUCAUGGCUGAUGACCUUGGCAUUGGGGACAUAGGUUGCUAUGGAAAUAAUACUAUCAGGACUCCUAAUAUUGAUCAGUUGGCAAAGGAGGGAGUGAAACUUACCCAACACAUUACUGCAGCUCCAGUUUGUACUCCAAGCCGAACAGCUUUCCUGACUGGCAGAUACCCCAUCCGAUCAGGUAUGGAUGAUAUUUAUGGUUAUCGUGUCCUUCAGUGGAUUGGUAGUUCAGGAGGCCUUCCUCCCAAUGAAAUUACUUUUGCCAAGAUAUUGCAGAAGCAAGGAUAUGCCACUGGAUUAAUAGGGAAGUGGCAUCAAGGCAUGAACUGUGGACACCGUAAUGAUUACUGCCAUCACCCCUUAAAGCAUGGAUUUGAUUAUUUUUAUGGGAUGCCCUUUUCAAUGAUGGCUGACUGUCAAAUAACUCAGCCUCCUGAGAUGGCCGUGCCUCUGCGGAUCAGACUCUGGUUCUACACUCAGUUGAUUGCCCUUGCUGUACUGACUCUUACAGCAGCCAAACUUGUUCAUCUGGUGCAUGUCAGCUGGAAAACAAUCUUCUUGCUUGCUUGCUUUGGCUUCUUAUUCUUUGUUUCCUGGUUCUCAAGUUAUGGAUUCAUAAGAUACUGGAACUGUGUCAUAAUGAGAAAUUAUGAAAUUAUAGAGCAGCCAAUGAAAGUGGAGAUAUCAGCAUUCCUAAUGCUGAGGGAGGCUAUUUCCUUUAUUGAAAGACACCAGCACGGGCCAUUCUUCCUCUUUGUUUCUUUCUUGCAUGUUCAUACUCCACUGGUUACCACAGAAAAUUUUACUGGGAAAAGCAAUCAUGGCUUGUAUGGGGACAAUGUAGAAGAGAUGGACUGGAUGAUAGGAAGAAUUUUGAAUACUCUUGACAAUCAAGGCUUGAAAAACAGCACAUUAACAUAUUUUACCUCUGACCAUGGUGGACACUUAGAAGCUCAGCAAGGAAAUGCUCAGCUAGGUGGCUGGAAUGGCAUAUACAAAGGUGGAAAAGCCAUGGGAGGCUGGGAAGGAGGAAUCCGGGUCCCUGGAUUAUUCAGAUGGCCAGGAAUGCUACCUGAAGGCAUGGUUAUUAAUGAACCUACAAGCUUGAUGGAUAUAUAUCCCACACUGGUUCACCUGGCUGGUGGGACAGUACCACAGGACAGGGUAAUCGAUGGCCGAAAUCUGAUGCCUUUGCUGCAGGGCAAUGUGCAACACUCAGAGCAUGAAUUCAUGUUUCACUACUGUGGGGGGUAUAUACAUGCAGUGCGGUGGCACCAAAAGGAGAGAGGAAAUGUGUGGAAAGCCCAUUAUGUGACACCAGUUUUUCAACCAGAAGGGGCUGAAGGCUGUUAUGAACUCAGAUUUUGCCCAUGUUCUGGAGAAGGCGUGACCCACCACACUCCACCUUUGCUGUUUGAUCUCGCUCAAGACCCAUCAGAGGCUACAGCUCUGUCACCAGACUCUGAGCCGCUGUUCCAUGCUGUUCUGAAGAGAAUAGACAAAGCUGUGGAUGAACAUCGCAGGACACUCACUCCUGUCCCACAGCAACUCUCUGUUUACAACAUUAUAUGGAAACCAUGGCUGCAGCCAUGCUGUGGGACAUUCCCAUUCUGUUGGUGUGACAAAGAAAAUGAUGCUUACUUAUAAAAUGGCCAGUCUCUUUUUUGGUUAAUUGAUUAAUUCAGGUAGUUUAUAGAGUUUUCACCCCUUAAAAAAAGAAGAAAUUUAAUCAGAAUACAUUACUGAAAAAGUUGGUGUUCUCUUAAUUAUUUUAUAGGGCAGUGGGCUUCAACUUGAUUUGGGAAUCUCCUCUUGUUCAACCUGAUUUACUAAGGCAGCAUCUUCUUCAGUUAAGUCCUUUAUCUCAUCAUAUCUGCC